AUGUCUGCAGGUUCAGACGGCCACGCCGCAGCACGGGCCAGCCGCCGAAAGGCGUGCGACCUGUGCUUCAAGAAGAAGAUCAAGUGCGACAUGGUCCAGCCGGUCUGCUCCAACUGCAUCCUCUACAAGACCGAAUGCCGCACAAGCAUCAUCCGCCGCAAGGGCCCUGGACCCAAGGUGAAGGCGCCGCAACCACUGGCGGCUCAGCCGGAGAAGGCACCCUCUGAAACGAGCUCUGCGCCCGACUCGUCAACAGAGGAACGGCUCUCGCGCAUCGAGAAGCAGCUUCAGCAGAUCAUCGAAAUCACCAAGUCCCGGGCGGACACGCAAUUCACCCCCCUAAACCCCGAUGAUGAUGAGAGCAACUCCGCAAGCAACACAAGCCCUGAAGGCGCGGACAGCGCCAACGACAGGACCAUUGCAGCCGACACGACCAGCUCCGUGCAGUGCUACUGUCCGAACGACGAGUUCCCGCUCCCGCCGCUGGAGGAGGCCAUUCCCCUUGUGAACCACUACUUUUCCAUCUUCAACCUCGUUGUACCCCUCUUCGAGCAGAGGGCGUUCAUGGAGAUCCUCAGCAACUUUUACCAAGGCCAGUCUCGCACCAAGGCCGCUUGGGCUGCCAUCCAAGUGGUCCUGAGCCUCAGCUUGCGGACGGCGACGCCCGAGGCCCUGCAAGACGGUGGCGGGCCGGAUCGCUUCCACCGGGCGAACUUGUACCUCAAGAACGCUCAGUCGGUGGUUUCGGAUCUGGUCACGCGCGACGAGGACCUCUUGGGCAUUCAGGUCCUUUUGGGCAUCGUGAUUCUGUUCCAAAACAGCAGCGACCCGAAGCCUGCUAGCGUUGUCAUCGGGACUGCCAUGAGGCUUGCGCACCGGUUGCAGCUACACUCGGAGGAAGCCACGAAGCAUUUUACUGCCGAGGAGAAUCUCCAGCGGUCAAGGAUAUUUUGGAUCGCGUACACGUUUGACAAGGACAUUUCACUGCGCAUCAAGGCCCCGUCAAUACAGUCGGAUGCAGACAUAGAUGUGCCGCUACCAUCUCUCACCGUGUCCGAUGGAAUCGGGCUCAUAUGGUCCCAAGACGGCACCUCCCACUUCAAUUAUCACCGCCUCCGCGUCGACCUCGCUCACAUCGAGGGCCAGAUUUACGACCUCCUCUGCUCCAACCGCGCCAGCAGGGUGCCUCCCGAAGAACGGAAGCGCAGGAUCUGCCGCCUCCAGAUCCAGCUGAACCGGUGGUACGAGCGCGUACCGCCCGCGUUCCAGAUUGACAACGCGGCCACAAACCUCGCGCCGACGGAGCUGGUCAUCGUCACCAAGAUGCACCAUUCGUACCUCCUCGCGACGGUCAUGACGCAUGGCCUCUACAGCCACAAUGCCGAAUGGCUCAAAAUGAUCAACUCGCGGAACCAGGGCGCCAUUGAAGACCUUGCCCAGGCGAUGGACAGCUGCGCGACCAAGGCUCACACUCCGCCGUUCCCAGGUGGCUGGAGCAGGUGUGUCGAAUUGAGUCGUGGGUGCAUGGAGCUCUUUGAGAAGUCUACCCCGACUGAAUGCCUCGUAUGGCAAUGCUGCUGCCCUCACUUCUCUGGCCUCAUCGUCCUGCUGGCCAACAUGCUCAUCAAGCCGAACCACGAAUACAUCUCGCUCGAUCAACAUCUCACCACCAAGGCCAUCCAGCUCUUCGACAGGCUUCUCGAGUUUAAUCCGUCGGAGUCGAUCCAGAAGAUACGCGUCAUUGUCGGCGGGCUUUACGACCGAGCGUUUGAGGAGGUUAGCCGCGUCAACGCCGAGCGGGCAGAGGCAGACGCAAAGGCCGGGUUCCCGUCGCCAAACAUCGGCAUGUUCUACAACGCCGCGAGCGAGGAGUUCUUUGUGGAGCAGCUCAAGAGCGCGAAGCCGGACUUUGCCCCUGGAGGCUUCGAUCCGUUUUCCUGGGAACGACAGGGGGUGGCGUCAAUGGACUGGGGCUGGGGCUUUGAUGCCGUGGACGCGACACCGCCAUGA